UGUACUGGCAUAUCUUUUUAGUUUCUUCUUCGGUUCGGCAACUCCUGUUUGCAUUUGAGUCAGAAUUUGAUCAUUUAGUUGUUGAUAAAUAUUGAUAUUUUCAGUUCUGUAAAUUAGGGUCGCAAAUGUCUCCACAUGGAGCGCCUACUGAAGGAGAGGAAUGAGGAACAGGAGAGGGAGCAGUAGUUGAAGAAGGUGGUGGAGGAGGAGAUUCAGGAGUGGCUGCAGAUGAAGAGCCCUCUUCUUCACCCAGUUAUUAACACAACCCCAGAGAGGAACCGUGCAGUUUGUGUGCUUUCUAAUGCGUACAGUAUCUGGGCACCUAAAGGCGGGAGUCAUUUUUGUGUUGUUGUUUGCCAUCUCCAGGAGAAACAGCUGAAAGAGAGCAAGGAGCAGAAGGAGAUGCAGAGGGAGAUUGAAAAGAAAGCAGAGGAGAAGUACAGAGAGUGGUGACUGAGGAAGGACCUGGAGAAAAUACAGAGAAUGAGGAGGCAGCCAGUAGAGGGAGCGCAGACAGAGAGCAGAGGGGAAGUUUAAGAAAUGGCUUUGUGCUCAGGACAAGAGUCGACCCAGUCCCAAGGCACCCGGCUGCCCACGAGGAGCAGCUAUAGUGAUUCCCUCUGCUGAAGGAUGUGUACCUACAAUAGUGAGCCUUACCCUGGACCUUGCCUAGAAAACUACAAUUCCCAAGAUGCAGCGGUGCAGGUGGCCAGGCAUCUGAAAUUUGCACCUGCCAGGAAUGGUAGGGGGGUACCUUAGUAGUCUGUGAACCAAUGAGAGUGGGGAGAACAACAGAGUGGAGAGGCAUAAGUACACUAACUUCACAGGGAAGCAGUUGGAUGAAUGAGCACAAAGAAUUCCUCUGUGCCGGAGCAGGACAACUCCUUUGACUUCCUCUUUAAGAUUGUCCUGGUGGGAGACUCAGACGUGGGGAAGACCUGUGUGGUCCAGAGAUUUAAGUCUGGUGUCUUCAUGGAGAAACAGCAGAACACUAUCGGGGUAGAUUUCACCGUCAGAACCAUGCUCAUCAAUGGCAGGAAUGUCAAGCUGCAGGUGUGGGACACAGCUGGACAGGAACGUUUCCGCUCAAUCACCCAGAGUUAUUACCGCAGCGCACACGGCGCCAUAGUGGCCUACGAUAUCACACGCCGGCCAACCUUUGACUCUUUGACACACUGGAUCCAGGAAGUGGAACAAGACGGGGCUGCAAGAAUUGUGCUCAUCAUCAUUGGGAACAAGUCAGACCGGCAGGCGGAGAGACAGGUGCUGUUUGAGGAUGCCUGUACCCUGGCUGAGGGGCGGGGUGCGCUGGCCGCCCUGGAGACCUCUGCGAAGGAGGCCCAGAAUGUGGAGGCAGCCUUCAUGCUCAUGGCCCGGGAGCUGAUGGUGAGGAACGGCCUCGCGCUCACAGACCAACACUCAAAGGCCUCCCCACACUUCUUCCCAAACUCCCAUCCAAUCCAUGGCGCCGAUCCUACAAACAGGGAGUCAUGUUGUUGAGAGAAUUGACAGGAAGCGUGGGAGAGGGUUUGUGGUGCUGAUAACUUGGAAUCAACAUCGCCUACAGUCCCUUGAAACUUGCCCUUGUAGAUGUAAAGCCACAAAGCCCACUCGUUUUUCACUUACUUCUACAGGUGCUGUCAAGAAGUAUGCUUCGGGAUAGGGGAUGAGUGUACUAUAUUGUGUGGAUGUGAUAUGAGUACUCUACUGAUAAUGGCGACUAUCACUGCCACUGAGUUUUCCAGUAGUUUAAACAUGGCUGCCAGUAGUCAAACACUUGUUACCAGUACUUAAUGUUAAGUAUCUCUUGCCACCUGUGGUUUAUUGUAUAUGGGGGUUGGGGGGGGAAAUGAUGUAUUCACCUUCUGUUGGAUAUGUAACAAUUAUUUACAUAAACAGUGAGAUUUUUAUCCUGCUAA